GCCAGGACAAAUAGUAACAUUGAGGUAUAUGUGUGCAGCAGUCUUGUGCGCAGCGCAGUCCAGCGGAGGCGGAAUAUAAAAAAGAAACCUCCUUUCAGAUUCAAGUUGGUCCUUUUCGGUUUAAAGAGAUGAGGUGCUCCGGCACUGCAGCCAUGACGGCGUCGAGCCCGUAAGGGAGCCUUCGUGCCUUAAGGCUCCAGGUCUCCGUUCGAGCCUUCGUCUUCAGAAUCAUCAUCAACAGCAGCAAUGUCAAGCUCGGGCUUUCCCCCCAGUCAGGGGAGCUUCAGCAGCGAGCAAAGCCGCUAUACCACCCACUCAGUCCAGUACGCGUACAGUUCUACACGCCAUCCACAGGAGUUUGCAAUUCCAGAGUACCGCAAUGCUCACCUGCAGGACCAGCAGCAGCGUCGCCGACCCUCAUUGCUGUCAGAAUUCCACCCUGGAACAGAAAGCUGGUCCAUGUUGCGCAGGCCCCCGGAGCGCCGACAUGGCUACGAGCAGCAGUUCCACACAGUCACGGCCCAGCUGGAGCACGAAGCCGCAGACGCCAAGCGUCCACGCAUCGAGGGCUCCGCAGAAGCCCACCUGGCCCGCGGCCAGUCCACCAGCAUCGUCCUGCCGAUACCACACCCCAUCCAGGACGGCCUGAGAACCGCAGGAGAGAUCAAGAAGGAAACUCAGUACAGUGUGAAGCUGGAGGCCUCGUCCCCAGGAGGAGGGCUUCAGGCCAUGGGGGACGAGCAGGACGCGUCUCCUUCCAAGCUCUCCAAAGAGGAGCUAAUCCAGAGCAUGGACCGCGUGGACCGCGAGAUUGCCAAGGUUGAGCAACAGAUCUUUAAACUGAAGAAGAAGCAGCAACAACUGGAGGAGGAAGCAGCAAAGCCAGUGGAGCCGGAAAAGCCAGUGUCUCCUCCCCCCGUGGAACACAAACACCGCAGCAUCGUCCAGAUCAUCUAUGACGAAAACCGGAAAAAAGCAGAGGAGGCCCACAAGAUCUUUGAAGGACUCGGCCCUAAAGUAGAGCUGGUGAGUGUGCCUCUGUAUAACCAGCCGUCAGAUACUAAAGUGUACCACGACAACAUUAAGACAAAUCAAGUGAUGAGGAAGAAGCUGAUUCUGUUUUUCAAGAGGAGGAACCACGCGCGCAAACAGAGGGAACAGAAAAUCUGCCAGCGCUACGACCAGCUGAUGGAGGCGUGGGAGAAGAAGGUGGAGCGGAUGGAGAACAACCCGCGGCGCAAGGCCAAGGAGAGUCGCACACGCGAGUACUACGAGCGCCAAUUUCCCGAGAUCCGCAAGCAGCGCGAGCAGCAGGAGCGCUUCCAAAGGGUGGGACAGAGAGGGACGGGGCUGUCCGCUACCAUCGCGAGGAGCGAGCACGAGAUCUCCGAAAUCAUAGACGGCCUCUCGGAACAAGAGAACAACGAGAAGCAGAUGAGGCAGCUGUCGGUCAUCCCUCCCAUGAUGUACGACUCGGAGCAGAGGCGCGUGAAGUUUAUCAACAUGAACGGGCUUAUGGAAGACCCCAUGAAGGUCUACAAGUCUCGGCAGUUCAUGAACGUCUGGACCGAGCAUGAGAAGGAGAUUUUUAAGGAGAAGUUUGUGCAGCACCCGAAGAACUUCGGCUUUAUUGCUUCUUAUUUGGAACGAAAGUGUGUCUCAGAUUGUGUACUGUAUUACUAUUUGGCCAAGAAGAGCCAGAACUUUAAGACACUGGUCCGACGUAAUUAUGGCAGGAGGCGGAGGAACCAGCAGAUAACACGGCCCUCACAGGAAGAAAAGUCCGAGGACAAGAACGAGGAGGAAAAGGCAGAGAAAUCCGACAAGAAAGAGGAAGACGAUAAGAAGGACGAGGAGGAGAAAGAUGAAAAAGAGGACACGAAGGACAUUGGCAAAGACAAAGAGAAGUGUGAAGGAGAGGACGAGGAAGGGAAGGAGCAGAGCACGCCACGCGGCCGCAAGACUGCUAACAGCCAGGGACGGCGUAAAGGCCGAAUCACAACACGCUCUAUGGCCAUCGAAGCGGCUAGUACUGCCACAGAGGAAGCACCAGCACCACCCCCUCCCCCACCACCGCCACCACCACCUGAGCCUGUUUUACUGGAGCCUGUCCCUCCACCCAAACCAGAGCCGGUGCCGAAGCCAGCACGUGAACUUGCUAAGCUCGCUCCUGUGACCCCCAUGGACAACCAAGCACGAGGAGCUGUAGAGGCUGGAGAGACAUCUCGCUGGACAGAGGAGGAGAUGGAGGUUGCCAAAAAAGGGCUGGUAGAGCACGGGAGGAACUGGUCGGCCAUUGCUAAAAUGGUGGGCACUAAGAGUGAGGCGCAGUGCAAGAACUUCUACUUCAACUACAAGAGGCGACACAACCUGGACGACUUGCUGCCUCAAUCCAAACAGGCAUCCAGACGGCUGCGCGAGCGAGACGCGUCUCAGUGCGACAGCGUGGCCACGGCUUCGGCCGAUGACGACGACGAGAACCCAGACGACAGCGAAGGUGCAGAUAACACUUCAGACACAGAGAGCGCGCCGUCUCCUUCUCAGUCUGACACGUCCAAGCCCUCAGAGUCACAAGAAGCCCCAGAUCAGGAAGCUACUGCACCUAAAGUCCCCAAUGCAGAUACCAAAGCUCAGGAGCCCUUCAGCGAGCUGCAGGUAAAGCUGGAGAAAAGUCCAGAAGGAGCGCUCGUGGACGAGUCCAUGGUUAAGGACGAGGCCCAGCUGCAUCCCAAGAGCGAACCUCAGGACACAGAAAUGGCGGGCGUAGAGCGGGGAGAGGUGCAAGUGAAGACCGAGCCGGAACUGAGGGAGAAGGAGAAGCAGAGCGAGCAGCCGCAUUCGGACAACGACUCCAGUGCCACCUGCAGUGCUGAUGAAGACAUUGAGGCAGAGCCAGAAAGACACAGGUUUUCUCUGGACAAGCCUUCGAUUCUCGGAGGCUCUGGGUCAGUGGUGGUAUCCUCGGGCAAGCAGGCUCCGCUCAGUAUGCAGGAGCUCCAGCAGCGUGCUGCCGCCAUCCCCGCAAUGGUCAGUCCCCCUAGUUCCCUUCUUCACUUCCCUAGCAGCUCUGCCCCCCUGGCCAGGCCCAGGGACUGGGAGAGGCUCGGGCACAGGGUCUCGCCCCAGCCAUUCCGCCACGUUGCUGGUCCGUAUGGAGCUGGUGUUCCUGUAGGAGCUCCUCUGAGUGGCUUGACCAUGUUCCAGCAACAAAUCAAAGCUGUCCACGAUUCAGCGCACAUCGAGGAUAACCAAAGACAAGAAGCCGGAGAGAUUGAGCGUAGGCCACGAUUCAUCACUCGCAGUCCCACUAUUGUAGACCGCGAUGGUAAGCCGUACUCCUACAUGCCAUUCGAUAUAAAUCUGAUGGAGCAGGAGGCUCACGCUGCAGGAAGACCAGGUUCCCCCUACAGACUGUCUCCCCGAGAGCCGAGCAAAGCAUCGCCCCAACCCGAGCCCAACAACCCCCCUCGCUACAGCGUCCCUCCAGUCUUGCAGCCCACACCUAACCAGGUGGUCCAGACCCUUCAAGAUGGAAUGCGUAUGCCGUUCACCCGCCACAGGCCCCCCAACAUUCCGUCCCCGCCUCCGCUCAUCCCUACGUCCAAACCCUCGGACAAGCCCACCUUCAUUCAGGGAGGAUCUAUUUUACAGGGAACUCCAGGCACGUAUCUUCCCUCUCACACUCACGCCAUGUAUGGGCCAGAGGGAGCUAAGAGCGCUGGAGGAUCCAUCUCUCUGGGCCUGCCAAGACAACAGGACCCUGCCAAACCUGUGUCCUAUAUAAAGCAGGAGGAAUGUUCACCACGUGGGCAAAGUGCUCAGGCUGAAGGGCUGCUCUCCAGGGCACAGUAUGAAGGGGUAGUUCGAGCUGGAGGGCCGAUGCCCAUCAUCCAGGACCUGGCAAGAGGGUCUUCUGGAAAAGGCCCAGAGGGACUGUCCUUAAGAGCAGGAUCCAUCACACAUGGCACGCCAGCUCUUUCUCAGUCCAGCGUACCCACGGAGCUGCUGAAGAGCAAGCUGACAGCCGAAGACUUGAGCAGCCCAGAGAAGAGCCGGGGCGAUCCACUGCCUAAAGGCCACGUCAUCUAUGAGGGCAAGAUUGGCCACAUCGUGUCCUAUGACCCUAUUAAGAACCCCAGAGAAGGAACCCGAAGCCCCAGGACAGGACAUGAAUUAAAACGCACGUACGAAAUAAUGGACGGAGUCAGAGGGCAUCCUGGAAGGGAAGCAGCACCUUAUGAAGGUUUGAUUACCAGAGCUAGAGAUGGUCCACACCCUGAUUCCAAGGAGAGACAAAUACUGACUGGCUCCAUCAUGCAAGGAACGCCCAGAACCGCCGCUGACGCGUUCGAUGAGGCCAAGUACGGAAAGCAGAUCAAGAGAGAAAGUCCACCAAUUCGAUCCUUUGAAGGAGGAAUCACUAAAGGAAAACCGUAUGAGGGUGGGAACACCAUUAAAGAGAUGGGACGCUCCAUUCACGAGAUCCCCCGCAAGGAAAUGCUGGACAGCCGCAAGACCCCCGUUUUGGAAGGCUCCAUUACCCAGGGCAUCCCUCUGAAGUACGAGAACAUUGGCGCCAGCCAGUCGGCCAUCAAGCACAAUGUCAAGUCGCUUCUCACCAGCCCAGGCAAGCUGGAGGACUCGAAAGUUCAAGAGCGCGUGCGCCACACGUCGGUCGUCAGCUCUACGUCAGUGCUGCGCUCCACACACCAGGAGGCCAGCAAGGCUCAGCUCAGCCCAGGAAUGUACGAGGACGCGAACGCCCGCAGGACCCCCAAUUACACCAGCGGCUCCAUCUCCAGAGGAUCGCCCUUGCUGCGGGCACAAGAGGGAGGCAUAACUUCUGGAAAGCCUGUGUCCCAUGAGAGAAAGAGCACGCUGACACCAACUCAGAGAGACAGCGUCCCAGCCAAGUCUCCUGUAUCCGGAGGCGAGCCAAUGGCCUCUCACAGCCCAUUUGACCCCCAUCAGGUGUACAGAGCCCACCUGCCCCCUCAUUUGGACCCCAGUCUUUUCCACCACCACCCAGCUUACAUGUUCCAACGGCAGCCAUCCCCCACGGGCUACCCCAGCACUUACCAGCUGUACACCAUGGAAAACACACGCCAGACAAUCCUGAAUGACUACAUCACCUCACAGCAAAUGCAGGUCAUCCCACGGGCUGACGCCAGAGGCCUGUCGCCCAGAGAACAGCAGCUCACCAUCCCAUACCCUGCUGGAGCCAGAGGUAUAAUUGAUCUAGCCCAGAUGCCUCCCACCAUCCUGUUGCCUCACCCUGGGGGGACAGGUUCCCCUAACUUGGACCGCAUCACGUACCUCCCCGGAACUCAGCCCCCUUUUCCUCCUAGGGUUUUCAACCCAGCCUCCAUAUCUCCAGGACACCCGGCGCAUCUCGCCGCCAGCGUGGAGAGGGAAAGGGAACGAGAACGCGAAAGAGAGAGGGAAAGGGAUCGCGAACACCGAGAGCGCGAGAAAGAGCGGGAGAAGGAGCGCGAGAGGGAGAGAGAGAGAGAGCGGGAUCGGGAACGGGAGAGGGAGCGUGAACGCAUAGCAGCUGCUAACGAAUACAUGCGCGGAGCUUCAGAGCAGCCUGGUCGGCCCGGGAGCCGUGGAUUCCUGCGUUCCCCUUCUCCUUCGAUGAGGUCUCAGGAGGGUGUAGUCCAGCAGAGGCCUAGCAUCUUCCAGGGGACUAAGAGUGUCAUUACGCCACUGAUCAGGCAGAUACCCCCUGCGACAUCGGCAGCUCAGACUUCAUCGCGCUACAACACCGCCGCGGACGCAUUGGCCGCGCUGGUGGAUGCUGCAGCUUCCGCGCCCCAGAUGGAGGUAUCGAAGAUCAAAGAGGGUAAACACGAGGGCGCCGGGGGCCGCGAGGGCGAGGCGAGCCCCUCACGAGCCAUGUCGUUUCCUGCUGGGAAAGCACCACUUCCUGUAUAUCCAGACGGAGGAAGCACAGCAACAGGCAGCAAAGACAAAGCACCCGCCACCAAGUCGCGCAUAGAGGAAGAGCUGCGCACGCUCGGCAAGACCACCAUCACCGCCGCCAGCUUCAUCGACGUCAUCAUCACGCGUCAGAUCGCGUCAGAAAAGGACUCGCGCGAGAGGGGAUCGCAAAGCUCCGACUCCUCAGGGAGUAUGUCAUCGAGCCGUUACGACGGACAGAGUAGCGGAGCCAUCGAGGUGAUCAGCCCGGCAAGUUCCCCGGCUCAGAGAGAGGAGAAGAACGAUCGGUCGUUCUCUUCUGAGAAGAGCACUCAUUCAGCUACAGGUACUGUUCGAGGAUUUGAUAUUGCUCGCUUGAGGCAGCAGGUGGAAUCGGGACCCCCAGCAGCCCCACCUCCUCCUACACAGACUCACCGUGUCAUGACCCUGGCUGACCACAUCUCGCACAUCAUAACCCAGGACUUUGCAAAGAAUCAGGACCCUCCCCCUUCCUCCAGCUCUUCCUCUUCCUCCAUUUCCUCUACAUUCCAAAACUCUGGCACAGCAAGCAGCAGUGCUCGUUCCAAAGUGCCUAACCGCUACAGUCCGGAGAACCCGCUGAACCACGCCCACCAUCAGAAACCACCCAGCCGAGUGUCCCCUGAGAACUCCUCGGAGAAAUCCAGAUCCAGGCCCGGCAAAUCCCCCGAGCGUGCCGGUGGCCGGGCUGUCGAGAGCUACGAACCCAUCUCCCCUCCACAAAACUACUCAGGGCUGGAGAAACAAGACAGCAGCCUGCUGCAGAACCAAAGGCGUGAACAGGAUAUUGCAGAGCAAAGAACGGACUCGCGCUCCCCGAGCAGUGGCAACUAUCUGCCUGCCUUCUUCACCAAGCUGGAGAGCACCUCCCCCAUGGUGAUGUCUAAGAAACAGGAGAUCUUCCGCAAGUCUGAAGUUGGUAAUGCACAGCCAGGCACAGAGAUCUUUAAUUUACCAGCUGUAACCACCUCAAGUAAUGUGAACCUUCGGAACCACUCGUUCAGCGACCCAGCCAGCAACCUUGGUCUAGAGGACAUAAUCCGUAAGGCUCUGAUGGGGACUGUAGAGGAGCGACCAGAGGAGCAGACCCAGCAAGCUCAAUCUGGAGCUUCAGCAGCGGGAAAUAACUCAGAUGGGCGACAGGAGGCAAAUCCGUCGCCCAGCACAGGUAGAUAUUCGGCCAAGCAGAAGCUCCAGAGCAAAACCAGCAGUAGGAAAUCCAAAUCGCCCAACCCAGGCCAGGCGUAUGCGGGCGGAGAGCGACCCUCCUCUGUGUCCUCUGUACAUUCUGAAGGAGAAUAUCACAGGCAGGCUCCCAGCUGGGCUUGGGAAGACCGUCCCUCAUCCGCAGGUCCAAUGCAGUUCCCUUACAACCCUCUAACGAUGCGCAUGUUGAGCAGCACGCCUCCCACCUCCAUGGCUUGCCCCUCUCCAUCAAUGCAGUCCCAGCAGCCACCAGGAGGAGGGGCCAACGCUCCGGCUCGCGCCUGGGAGAGAGAGCCGCCGCUGCUCUCGGAGCAGUAUGAAACUCUCUCGGACAGUGACGACUGAACCGGGCCCACGACCCUCGACCCUUUGACCUCCCUCCAACCCCCUUCCCCAGUCCCUAGGGUCAAAGAGAACAGUGUCCUCAUCAGGGUGGCCAAGCUGACACACAUGUCCCACUCAGUACUAACUCUGAGUAGGGACACUCCUGGGGAGGUAGUCUCGCGCUUCUGGUGCUUUCAUUUCCUCUUGUGCUUGUAGAAAGCGGCAUCGCAAGGAAGCCACGGCCUGAUCGCUCAGGAGAAAAAAACGUGUCCAGAAGCUUUAUUUCGCCUGUUUGUGAAUGAGCGAACACAAAAUGUUGGCAAAAACCAGAAAAGGAUGAGGAUGAACAACUUGAAAUAUAAGGACUCGCUUCAAAUAUGUUGAAUUUAAGAAUCUGUAAAGAAAUACUUUGUCUUCAGAAAGAAAGAAAAAAGUAUGUAAAUAGAGUAACCUUUUGCAGUGUGAAUUUUUUUAAUUAUAAAUGUUUUUUUUUUUUUUUUUUCCAGACUUUUUUUCCGUGUUUUAUUCUUACUUUUUAAAUCACAUCCCUGCUGGUUGAAGAUUAUACAGAACCUUCUUGCUCUCAAUGUGAAACGUGUGGAUUUUCUCCCGAGACGCAGCGUGAACUUUGAACCCGACAGUUCUGAAGCACCGAACGAAGCGAAGAGAGCAUUUCAAUCACACGGCCAGCCUUCGUAGCACUGGAGGCACCGGGCUCACCACAGAUUUUAUAAACGCGCAUUCACCCAGUUACACACCCAUUCAAACAUUUUUAUCAUUAAAUUAAGUGUGAGCAUUUUUCAGCCCUGUAGAAACAGCUCCAUUUUUGGUUCACCUGUACAAGUUGCGAUCACUGGCAUCAGAGCUGAAUGGUUCUUCAGUGAAAGAAGAAAUAUAAGCUGAAUGUUUCCUCCCUGAAUGUUUUUGUGUGUGUGUGUGUGUGUGUGUGUGUGUGUGUGUGUGUGUGUGUCGCUCUGUGGUGGACUUCGAGUUGUGAGAGGAAACUCGCCACGGUUUUGGCGUCUACUUCAGAGUGUGGCUCUGUGUGAUUUCUAACAAGUGCUCUGCUGUUCUUUUUUUUUUCUCCUUCAUCUCUCGCUCAAAGGAACGCCAAAGGAAGCUGUUUCGCUUUCGAGAGGUUUUUGGUUCCCUUCACAAGGAGGAGAAAUCAAACUGUGAUCUUCCUCUUUGCUUUUUUUUUUUUUUUUUUUUUUUGUUCUUUAAAACACGAAGUACAUGCUGAUCUGUCUACGUGGCGAGACGGGAAAAAAAAUAGAAAUAUAUAUAUACAAGCUUUUGUUUGUCACCUCUGCACCACUGUUGCACUUUUUUUGUUGUUUUCGCUUACUGAUUUUUGACGAGCGUGUACUACCUGUAAUCUAAGUUAUUGGAGCUUUUGCAGAGGUCUGGACUCUUCAGCUUCAUUCACACUUUUUGCAAUAAUCCUCUUAUAACAGAUUUUUUUUUUUUCGCCACCGUUUUUUUUCCAGCUUUACGCCACCUGCUCUUCGCUCUAGUCUAUGGUACAAUACAGCUGUUCAAGUUGCUGCUUUGUAGUGGUGGCUUUCACUUCUAAAUCAUGAUGUAACAGACAAUAAGCUCAAAUUUCAGUUAUCACUAUAGCUGUAUUCUCUAUGGCAAGAACGUUUCGAUCCGUAGUGCAAUUUGUUUUGUUUUCUUUCCUUUGCUUUGCUCAAGUUAACUAAAACCUGUCUUUUUUUUUUUUUUUUUUGUUAUAUUUAAUUCAUUUCACUUCUGAAAUAUGAAAAAAAAAAAAAGCCCUGGAGCUCAUGUUGAGAUUUUUUUUUUUUCCAUCAUUCUCAGCAUUGUUGUUCAUCCUUUUGAUGGGAUGCAAAGUGUUUACAAUGGCAUUGACAAAACAAAAAAAAAAAAAAAAAAAAGUGGUGAAACUUGAAUCUUAAGAAAAAGAAAGUCGGUCAUUGCAUCAGUUAGUCUAUUUUUUUUUUUUUUUUCAGUCCAACGCCAUGCAGUGGUAACUUUUUUUUUUCUUUUGUCCUUUUUGGAAUUGAGACUUGAAAUAACUCAUGUAUCCCAUGUUUGUUGGAAAGCAAUGUUUGUAUCGCACAAUGUCUCUUAAGUAGCCAAUUACAAAAUUUUCAGACCAAUCAAUAAAGUGGAUUAGCGCUCCACCUUUCUGAAAGUUGA